AGUGACAGCUAUCACUGUCAAACCUGUUUACUUUUAACCAUUCGGCAUUUUCUUUCACCCACUUUUUAAGUAUUUUCCCGAAAAAAUCCGGUUUUUUUUUCACUGUCGUUCCUUGAAUCAACAAUAAAAAUGUCCGGCGAUAAUUUGAGCCAUUUAAUUCCAAGCCCAUUAAUUACCAAGAGGACCAGGACCGCCUCUACUUGUGAGAAAAUUGAGAAAAGCAAAAUUUUGUACGGUACCAUAAAGUCGUUUUGUAGGGAAAAAGGACAUGGGUUUAUCACAGCCGAAGAUGGUAGCGGUGAUAUUUUCGCCCAUAUAUCCGAUAUUGAGGACGAAUACGUCCCAUUACCAGGAGACAGGGUAAAGUACCAACUGUGUCCCAUUCCGCCGAAAUUCGAGAAAUAUCAGGCGGUUCACGUCCACAUCGUCAAUCUUAAGCCCGAAAUCCACAAAAAAUGGGAACAAGUGCAAUAACCUGGACCCCCAUUUGGCUUUUUAAUAACAUUAUUCAUGUUGGCAUUUUUUUAUAUCAUGGCAUUUAUGUAGUUUAGUGGGUAAUACAAUAUAGCAAUUUACGAGUACGGCAACUAAGAAGGGUCUAUUGUUGCGGUAUAUACUUUUUUUUUUUUAUUUAAACAGCUAUAAUUCAUAAUGCAUUUGUUAGGUGCAACUGCUCAUCAAUGUCUAAGACAAAUUAUUGUUUAUAUACUGUUUUGUGAAAAUUAUAAUUAUUUAGUCCAGUAAAAUAUUUUGACAUAUAUAUUUAUAUUAAGUAUAAGAAAUGAAUGUUAUAGUUCCACCUGUUAUUUUAAUUUUAUAUACCCAAUGUAAAGCAGAAAUAAAUAAAACAGAACAAGA